UCCAGUCCAAAAGUCAGCCAAAGCUACGCUCUCUCUCUCGUCGUGCUACGACCGCCGUACCCAACAUAUUUUUUCUUACAAGUUUUCCUGCGAGAGUCGGUCGUCGCUGCUGGUUUUCGGGUUGUUCGGGGCCGCGAACGGGCCAAAUUUAUAUUCCUCUAUGUGUAUUUCGAAAUAUGAGAUGAUCGAUUUUCGUAUACUCGACGGCUAAUUCGACGAGUAUUGUGUCGUCUCGCGUAACUUGCAUUUCCUAUUUGUACAAUAAUAUAAGGGUUUUCGGCCAAUUCACAGUACCCUAUUUGUACGCCAUUUCGUAGCUUAGGUGAUUUUUUUUUUUGGUACCUCGACGAAUGUGAAAUGCGUUGAGAAACUUACCUUGUGAAAGGGGGGUUGUUUCGAGUAUACGUUGUUGAGAUAGAGUAUAGACACAUCCAUAUCGUCGAUAUGGAUGACGCUUUGACGUUUCAAUUAGAGGUUGUGGUUCUCGGCGUAGAAGGACUCAAGUCAGUGGCAGGAAAUAAAAUCGUAUAUUGCACCAUCGAAGUCGAAGGCGAAGGUAAAUUACAAACCGAGCACGUCGAAGCAUCCAACGCUGUAUGGAAUACCCAAGGGGAUUUUACCUUAGUACAUCCGUUGCCUGUAGUUAAGCUCAAAUUGUACGCUGAAAAUGCUGGUAUGCUUUCGUUGGAAGAUAAAGAACUCGGUAAAGUAACCCUGCAUCCGAAUCCUCAUUCUUCUCAAGUUGCCGAAUGGCAUCCGAUGACUGUGGCUAAAAGCAGCGCUGAUCAAGAUCUCAAAAUCAAAGUCAUAUGUAGAAUGGAAAGUCCACCGAAUAUGAAAUAUUGCGGAUAUUUAUACGCGAUGGGAAAACUGGCAUGGAAGAAGUGGAAAAAGAGAUACCACGUUGUUUACGAAGUCGCCGAUAAACUCUACGCGUUGUGUAGUUUUAAAGAGAAAAAAGAAAAGAAAUCGGAGAAUAACGAGUCCAUCUUGUUGGAUGGUUACAUGAUCGAUUACAUCGAGCCGGAAAAAGCUCAUCUGAUGGUUGGCACGAAACUGCAAGGCGGUAACCACUUCUUCAGCGCCACGAAGGAAGGUGACACCGUGCUCUUCGCCACCGACGAAGAAAAAGAAUGUCGCGCCUGGGUCGCCUCUCUGUACAAGACGACCGGCCAAUCGCACAAACCCACACCACCGGCCUCAGCCAAGCUGCCCAAUAACAACAACAACAGUACUCCGCAGAAAUCCGAUAAAGUAUCAGUAUCGAACAACACUUCGAAAGCGGUUAAAAGAUAAUGCCUCGCUGAUGCCUGAAAAAGCCUGAAGCCUGAUGCCUCAAAAAUCUUCACACUUUCUCCCUCUCAGUUUCAUAUAGCCAUUUUAUCCUCUUCCUUCUUUCUCUCCCUCUCUCCCUCUCAACUCUUCCUCUUCUUCUUCUUCUCUCUCUCUCUCUCUCUCUCUCUUUCUCUCUAUCAUACUCAGUGCUCAACUCUAGACUAGUGAUAAGCCUUUUGUAGUAGCUGUGUUCCUAUAUAUUUACUAUAUAUAUUUUAGACGAUAAGACUUUGCACAAGCGGCCUUUUACCCCCUUUUUCAACUCCCUGCCCCCUGCCAACCCUUGGCUUUUUGGGACUGCUGCCCCAUGGAAGCUGAAUUAGUGAGGUUUUAUUAAAUUGUCUUAUACUUACUAGUUUGCUAUACCUACCUACUCCUUUCAACGGAUUUUUUUCAGGGUUUACAGGUGCCCUCUAAAAAACCUCUUUUUUUCUGUUUUUUUUUUUACAAACGUCUCCCCCUCAUCCCUCCGCCCCUGAACCCCCAUCUCUUUACAAUUCGUCCAAUCUCAGAGUAGAUUAUCGUGCAUAGUUACCUUGGUAAUGCGAAAGUGAUAGAGUAAAAAAAUUUUGUUUUUCUAUUAUAGAUUUGUGAUCGUUGUUGUUCGUCGUUUUACUACUACUAGAAACUUGUUGUGAAAUCGGAGAGUCAUCUCCGCAGUAAUUUAUUAUUCGAUGAGUUAGAUUGUAAGUUGUUUUUUUUUCUCUCAAACCAAUUCGACAGACGAGUACCUUCUUUAGUUAUGUGCCAUUUUGCCUUCGUAUACGUAUAUUUAUUUCGUUAUCUUUUUUCGAGUCGUUGAAAUUUGAAGCUUCGCCUUCCCUGGAAAAAUUUCGAAAAUUAAAUUUACUUAUUAUAGAAUUCCUUCGCGAAGUAAUUGAAUAGAUUUGCAAAAAAAAAAAAAAAAAAAUUGAAAAUCUCGAGGCAUAUCAUAAUUUUUAAGAUGUUCGAUAAGCCCCUACGUAUCUAGAACCCUGCUUCGAAAUUUUUAUCUCCAUUUUGAAUUUGGAAAAAAAAUUAAAAUAUGAUCUCGUAUAUAUUGACAGUUUUAUAAUACAUUUUUUCUACAUUGAAAUAGUUCACGAACCUAAGAAGGUAUCAAUUUUUUUUUGUCUAGAAUGUAGUCGGAGUGUUUUGUUUUUUGCGAAACGUGUUGUACUUGGUUUUUUUUCUGUCAAGAAGGUAUAGAUUUUAUCGAGGAUAAAAUUUUUUAAAACUAAGAUGAAUUUUUAUUAUGGUUAUUUUUAAUAGGUUAUAUUCUCUUUUUUGCUAUUAUAAAGUCAAAUUAUUUUUGCAUUUAGGUUUUGGUCGUGUGUCUUUUUUCUAACAUGGCUCAUAUUUCUUACCUGUAAAUGUGUUUUUUUGAUAUAGAUUAUUUUUUUUUUCGUUUUUUCCCUUGUUAACACUGUUUUACUAUGGUGUAGAUGUGCCAAUUUUUUUUUUUCGUUUUUUUUUUCUAAAGGCGAAAUGCCAGCAAGAAGAUAACGGUUACUUUAAUUUUUUUGGAUAAUUGAAAUAAAUUCUAUAAGCUUGCGUUUUUAAAUAAGGUUUAAUUUCGCGCUUAUUAUUUUAUGUAUUAUUAUUUUUUGUUUUAAUGACGCUUGAAGUGGUAAUUAUGUAUUUUAUUGUUCUCUGUAACGAUGCGAAUUCACGUUCGAGUUGGGUAGAUUGCGUAAUUGUUAACGUUACAUUUAGGUAUUUUAAUCAAUUUAGGACCGAAGUUGUCUGUAGAUGCGUAUAUUUUUUCAGAGUGAUAGUUUUCAGCGAGAUAGAAUUAGUUGGACUGAAUUGUAUGGGCCCUUGAUUAACGUAUAUUUGAAUUUAAAGCAUUUUCGUUUCUAAAAAUAUGUGUACCUAGACUUACCUAAUUUUCCCCCCUUUUUUUAUUCUCAUUUUGGCGAUUGUUUGAUGAAAAAUUGUGCGAAGAAGCUCUAGCGUUCGAUGAUUUGAUAAUUAUAUUUUGAAAAUUGUUUCGUUUAUUGAUACCCCCUCCCUCCCUCCCUCAAAUAGUAAAUUUGUCUCGACAAGAGUUUUUAUUAAUUUUUUAGCUGUUUUUGUAUAAGAAUCUUCUUCUAUUAUCCCCUCUCCUCCCCUCCUCUUAUCUUUGGGAAUUUCAAAAUUGGAAUUUUUUGGCCAUUGUUUGAAGAAAAAUUGUGCAAAAAAGCUCUCACAUUCAGAGAUUUGAAAAUUAUUGUUUCCUUUAUUGACACUCCCCCCCCCCCCACCUCCCUCUUUCGAAAAAGUGAAUUUAUGCGAUAAAUGUUUUCACUUUUUUUUUUAGCUGUUUUUGCACCGGAAUCAUGUUCAUCUCUAUUAUCCCCUCCCUUCCCUUCCCCUCCCCUCCCCUCCCCUUGUCUUUGGGAAAUUUGCACAUUUAAAUAGCCAGGGAUUAAAAAGUUUUUUUUUUUUUCAAAAUUGGAAUUUUUUGGCCAUUAAAACUGGACUAAAGAAAGGUGAAAAGAGAUCUAAAAUAGAAAAUUCCUUGAUUAUCUUGAUUAUUAUGGAACUAAUUAUUUCUACUUGAAAAUAAAAUAGUGAUUUUUUUUUUUUUGUUCGAUAUUGAUCCAGAGAUGGAAAAACAUCGCUCGCAUUAAACACUCCAAUUGUUGGAAUUUCGAUGCGGAAAUUUUGAGCUGAUUUCAUCCCCUUUCCAUCAACAUUGGCGAUAUACGUUCAAAAACAUGCGAUUUGAUACCUGGCACGACUUUUAAGCUCAUUUUGGAAUCUGAUCUCUCCUCAUCAAAUCACCCCUUUGACACAACGAUCAAAAUGAUAUCAAUUUUUUGAUCUUCAGGCUCAGAAACCUACAUUUUGAUACCUUGUACGACUUUCAAGCUCGUUAUUACAUCUUUCAAUGAAGCACACAUUUCGAAUAUUCGAAUAUAUUUACAUUUUAUACACGGAUACUGAGACAUAUACGAGUACAUCGAUCGAAUGUAUUACUAAGACUAAAAACUAAUCUAAGAGUAGAGAAAUAUAGCGGCUACGACGUCCGUGGCGGCUGUUACUUAUCAGCUGCCACUGACUCAUCAGUGAGACGUAGCUCCAGAGAUAUAAUACUCGUCUUGGUUGCACCCCUCCACCCCCUCCCCAUUCAUUUGCACCUUUUGACACAACGAUCAAAAUUAUAUCAACUUUUUGGUCUUCUGGCUCACAAACAUACAUUUUGAUACCUCACGCGACUUUCAAGCUCAUUUUGAAAUUUGCCUUCCCUCCCUUCUAAUUUCCUUUUUUGACACAACAAUCAAAAUGAUAUCAAAUUUUUGAUCUUGAAACUCAAAAACGUGUACCUAUUUUGAUACCUUUUAAUCGACUUUCAAGCUCAUCUUGGAACUUGCUCUGCCCCCCCCCCCCCCAUUUAGUCGCCCCUUUUGGCACCACGAUCAAAAUAAAUCAAAUUUUUGAUUUUAAGGCUCAAAAAUAUACAUUUUGAUACCUCAAUUUCAAAAAAACAUACCUACAUUUUGAUACCUCAAUAGACUAUCAAGCUCAUUUUGGAAUUUGCACCCCCCCCCCCCAUUACCUCUUUUGGCACAACGAUCGAAAUAAAUCAAAUUUUUGAUUUUGACUGUCAGAAAAAGGCUCAAAAACAUAAAUUUUGAUACCUUAAUCGGCUUUUAAGCUCACUUUGGAAUUUUCUCUCCCCCUCCCCCAUAUUAAAUUUUUGAUCGUGAAACUCAAAAACGUGUAUUUUGAUAUCUCUCAAUCGACCUUCAUGGUGAUUUUGGAAUUUGCAACCCCCCCCCCAUCCAAUCGCCUCUUUUGGCUCAACGAUCAAAAUAAAUCAAAUUUUUAAUUUUGAGGUUCCAUAACAUACAUUUUGACACCUCAAUCGACUUUUAAGCUCAUUUUGGAAUUUGCCCCCCCCUUCAAUAUCCCUUUCUGACACAACAAUCAAAAUGAUAUCAAAUUUUUGAUACCUCAAUCGAAUUUCAUGCUCAUUUUGGAAUUCGCAACCCCCCCCCUCCCUCCAUCCAAUCGUCUCUUUUGGCACAAUGAUCAAAAAUUCAAAAUAAAUCCAAUUUUUGAUUUCGAGGCUCAAACACAUACAUUUUUAUACCUCAAUCGACUAUCAAUAUCAUUUUGGAAUUUGCGCCCCCCCACCAUUCAAUUUCUCUUUUUGACACAACAAUCAAAAUUAUAUUAAAUUUUUGAUUAUAAGACUCAAAAACAUACCUACAUUUUGAUACCUCACGCGACUUUCAAGCUGAUUUUGGAGUUCGCUCCCCCCCCCACAAUACAUUUGCACCUUUUGACACAAAAAUCACAAUUAUAUCAAAUUUCUGAUCCUAAAACUCAGAAAGGUAUAUCUUGAUAGGUACCUCACAAAACUUGCAAGCUCAUUUUCAAGUUUUACGACUCUUUCGUUACCCCUCCCCCUCCCCUUGCCGGCCUUGACCCAAUCUUUGAAUUUAAUUAAUAUCAAAUUCGCGGUUCAGAGGUUGAAAAACAUGCAUUUUGAUACGUCACACGACUUUUUGGGUCAAUUUUGAAUUUUGAGCCUCCCCCCUCCCCCCAAUUCAUUCGCACCUUUUGACACAACAAUCAUAAUGAUAUCAAAUUUUUGAUCUUGAGACUCAGAAACGUAUAUUUUGAUACCUCACACGAUUUUCAAGCUCAUUUUGGAAUUUCCCCCCCUCCCCCUUGAAGCCCCUUCAGACAUCAUCACGUACAUACAUAAUUAUUGUAAAAUAUGUCCUUGGCGGGUUCAAAAGCAUACAUACCCAAUCUCUGAAUUUAGAUAAUAUCAAAUUCGUUGUCGAGAGGUUGAAAAAACAUGCAUUUUGAUACGUCACACGACUUUUUGGGUCAAUUUUGAAUUUUGAGCCUCCCCUCUCCCCCCCAAUUCAUUCGUACCUUUUGACACAACAAUCAUAAUGAUAUCAAAUUUUUGAUCUUGAGACUCAGAAACGUAUAUUUUGAUACCUCACACGAUUUUCAAGCUCAUUUUGGAAUUCCCCCCCCCCCUUGAAGCUCCUUCAGACAUCAUCACGUACAUACAUAUUGUAAAAUAUGUCCUUGGAGGGUUCAAAAGCAUACAUACCCAAUCUCUGAAUUUAGAUAAUAUCAAAUUUGUGGUCGAGAGGUUGAAAAAACAUGCAUUUUGAUACGUCACACGACUAUUUUUGAGCCAAUUUUGAAUUCUGAGCCCCUCCCCCCCAUUCAUUCGCACCUUCUAACACAGCAAUCAAAAUGAUACCAAAAUUUUUGAUCUUGAGACUCAGAAACGUAUAUUUUGAUACCUCACACGAUUUUCAAGCUCAUUUUGGAAUUCCCCCCCUCCCACUCGAAGCCCCUUCAGACAUCAUCACGUAAGUAUUGUGAAAUAUGUCCUUGGAGGGUUCAAAUCAAAAAAAUACAUUUUGAUGCCUUACACAAUUUUCAAACUCAUUUUCAAGUUUUACUACUCCUUUGUUACCCCGGUCCCCCCUUGAACCAAUUUCUGAAUUGAAAUAAUAUCAAAUUCGUGUUCGAGAGGUUGAAAAAAUGUGCAUUUUGACACGUCACAUGACUUUAUGGGUCAAUUUUUGAAUUUUGAGCCCCUCCCCUCUCCUUUGAACCACUUACCAAAACACAUUAUCUCACAGAUGAAGCCUCAUCGCUCGAAACAAACCUGAAAUUUGCGAUCAGCGACCUCAAAUUAUUCGAAAACGACUCCAAAUUGUGAAAAAAAUGACGAAUUUUCCAUUUAAAAUGGAGAUUUUCGCAUGAAAUAUUCACCCAAGGCUGAAAUAAACAUCGCCAUCGAAUUCCUCGUGCCAAAAAACCUCUACGUACACAUCAAACACGAAAAAAUUCCGUUCAGAACUGAUUAAUCACCAAUAAAAUCUUUGAAUUCCAAACGAGGCAAACGAAAUGGGUAGCGCCAUCUAGCAGAAUAUCAACAAACUGCCAAGUCCGUCGAAAAAUUUUGAUACCAGAGACCCGCUAAUAUCCUAUAUUCUCCUAAUAACAUAGCUCGAUUUUUCGUCUUUCAAAACCACGUUAGUCGAUUUUAGCCGUGUCAAAUAAGUUGCAUAACCAAACUGUAUCAAGGCAGAGGGUUUGAAAACGAUUUCAGAGACCUGCUAAUAUCCUAUAUUCUCCUAAUAACAAUAGCCGAUUUAGGUCUCCUUUUAUCGCUUUUUGGUGAUUUUUCGCCUUGUCGAAUGGGUUGCAUAUCCGAGUAGAUUAAAGGCGAACCGCUGGAUUUUAUUAUUCGAGUAUUUUUCGAUCUAAGUGAGUGAAAUCAUGCGGAAAAAAUCUCAAAUUCGGUAUGUGAGGGUUCUAGAAGGUGCUGAAUCCAUAUUUGUGAGGUCAUUUUGAAGCUUGACUCAACGUAGCCUCAGGAGCUGAGUAGAGGUGAAACUUGGAAAUGAGCUUUAAACUUGUGUGAGGUGUCAAAAUAUAUGUUUUUGAAUCUCCCAAGCACAAAUUUGAUAUCAUUUUGAAGAUUGGAUCAAAGGGAGGGGGUUGAGAGAGUGGUAAAAUUUGAUAUUGAGUUCAAAAGUUGAGUAAGGUAUCAAAAUGUAUGUUUUCGAACCUCCUGAGCACGAAUUCGGUAUCAUUUCAGCGAUUGGAGUUGUUUGAAGCAUCAAAUAAUGUACUUACCUGGUUAAAAAUUCAUAUUUUCAAGCUGGAAAAAACUUGUUUUGUUAUUUUAUCAGAAAAUCUUGUAUCUCAGUAUUAUUUUUCCAGCAUUUUUCCCAAAUUGUAGUACAUAUUUUUUUUGUUCAUUUUAUUUAUAUUUAAGCAAAGUAAAAAAAAAUUGACAAAUAACAUAAUUACCACUUCGCAACAUUAGCUGGAUUAAUUUACUAGUACUCGAGUACAUCAUCUUUAUUUCUGCCAACCAAUAAAAUUAAAGUAACCGAGAACAUGCUAAAGAUAAAGAUUCACUAUCGUUACAAACGAAUUUGAUUGCUUUAUUAUUUAUGGCAAUACUUACAAUAAACACCAUUUCAAAUAACACCAAACAAGGAAUGAAAAAUAACAGAUUUUAUACUCUAUAGUGAUCAAUUAUUUUCUAUUCUUAAGGUUUUAAUGCCAAAAAACCAAAAAAAAAAAAAAUAACAAAGGUGUUUGUACAAUUAUAAUAAAUAGUUUUUACAAAAAUCAAUAAAAACACGACGCUUUGAAGCUUAAUAGUUUUUAUAUAAAGUUACUUUUCACUGUU